AUGGGGGCUCCCUGCUGGCCCUCCCUGCGAAGCCAGGCGCCGCGUCCCCCCUCCCAGCGUGGCCUUAGUUUUUAUAAACCAUCCCGAGCUGGGGGCGAGCGAGGCCGCCCCGUCCAGCGCUCCGUCCCAGGCACCAGUCGCCCCGGCUACGGUGGCUUGGCGCGCCAUGAGCUGCUGGGGGCCUCCGCCGCCGCUGGGCCGAGGCGAGGAGGAGGGAGGCCAGGAAGAGGAGAAGCAACAGCAGCAGCAUCGGCGGCGCGCCCGCCUUCAGCGAGGCUCUUGGGCGCAGGCAGCAUGAGCCGCGCAGGCAGCGGCUGGGAGAUGGAGGCGCUGCGGGCAGACGCCGGCGGCGGCGGGAGCGGCGGGAGCAGCAGCGGCCGGGGCCAGUGCCGCAAUUUCCUAUCGCCGCCGGUCUUCGGAGCGGCGCCGCCGCCGUCGGGUCGAGCCGCGGGUCCCGCCGCCUCCUCGGGCUACCCCUACGAGCGCUCGGGCUCGUCGGCCGGGGCGCGCUCGUCGUCGUCGUCGUCCGAGGCGGCCGCUUCCAAGGACUGCUCCAGCGGUGGGCCCCCGACGGCUACGGCUACGGCUGCGGCUGCCGCGGCCGCCGCGCUCGGCUACCACCCGGGCUACCACCCCUUCGGCAACGGCUACUACAGCUGCCUGCAGCAGAACGCCGCGCUCAAAGCCUCCCCGCACGCCGCCUUCCCCGUGGAGAAGUACAUGGACGUGGCCGGCCUGGCCAGCACCAGCGUCCCGUCGGGCAGCGACGUCUCCUCGCGAGCCAAGGAGGUCUCUUUCUACCAGGGCUACGCCGCUGCCGCUGCCGCCGCCAGCCCUUACCAGCACGUGCCCGCCGGCUACCUGGACGUGGUCUCCACCUUCGGCUCGGCGGCGGGCGGCGAGCCCAGACACGAGACGUACAUCUCCAUGGAGGGCUACCAGUCGUGGACUUUGGCCAACGGGUGGAACGGCCAGGUGUACUGCGCCAAAGACCAGGCCCAGGGCUCCCACUUUUGGAAGUCCUCCUUCCCAGGUAUGGCACGGCCAGGUGGUGAUUGCAGCAGCAGCAGCAGGAGGAGGAGGAGGAGGAGGAGGAGGAGGAGAAGGUCAACCGGACAGGAAGCUGACAUCUGGGAGAAGUAGCUGCCCACCUAAAACCACAGGGAGGGGAGGGGAAGGAGGAGAGGAGGGGAAAGUUCCUCCAGCUGGUUAGCUACACGCUAGACCUACCAGGAGCCAGAGAACGGCCUGCUCUCUUUUGCAGCUCCCAGAGACCCUCAAGGAAGCCCCACAGAAAGCCGUGGAGCGGCUGCCUUAAGCGUCUGAGCUCUCCUUGUUCUCAUGUCUUUGCUCCUGGGCUGCAGGGGUCUCCGGCACGCCUAGCCUGUAAUCGCCUUGACUUUCCUACCCAGUAACUUAGUCUUAGGCUGUAGAGAGUUUUGUUGAACUCAGUGGGCAUUAUCUUCCCAGUAAGCCUGUUCGACGGUCGGGUUUUAUUUGUACACCCUUCCCAGGGUCCUCUGAAAUCUAUGGGACUUGAUCUGCAAUUCUCCUACCCACUUUCCAGGGAGAAUAGCAGACCCAUUGAGCUCAAUGCGAUUUACUUCUGGGUAGGAUUGUACUAUUAGUGCAUUCAUUGUCAUUAUGUAGACACUGUCCGUAGAAAAGCCACAGGGCAAUAUGUUGGGGUGAAAGCAUUUCCUUCCCCCAAACACCCCAGACCUAAAACCCCAAUCCAGGAAGGUCCCCUUGGCUUGCAUUGGUGUGUGUGUGUUGGGUGUGUGUUUUAACUUACAGAAAAAGCAUCGGAACGAGUUCCACUAAAAUACUCGCCAUUUAAUUCUGAGCAGACUGGGUGAGGAUCUCAGCCCUGCAACCUGAUCCGAAGCCUAUUUUCUCGGAAGUAAAGCCGCCCCUCACCCUUUACGUUACUCUCUCAGAAAGUCCCUCGCGGGCUUCUUGCAGCUUUCAGCUUUAAAAUAAAAUCAGAUCCGCUGGAAAGUAAUCGGAGGGACUGAAAGCCGGAGAGGAAAUGAGUUGAGGAUUUGAGGGAGGGCGGCGGGGGGGGGGGACUUCUGGCCUUAAUGAAGACGGGCCUCUCCGAGGCUGGCCGUGAUCGUUUUACUAUUGUUGGCUGCUGCAAACUUGCCCCAGAGCCCUCAACCCGCGGGGGGCGAGGAGUAUCCCGUGUCACCCAUCGCCAGCCACAUGCAAAGCAAGCAAGGAAGAUAUUUCGAAGUUGCAACUUAGGAACCUGUGUGCGCUUGCUUGCUUGUGAGCGCAAGUGUGCCUUUCCCUUUUGAACCAUAUACACUUGAGGAGUUAGAGUAAACCAAAUAAGAAAUCUUCACUGAAAUAGCUGCAAACCAGCUCUUGCGUUGCAUUGUCGAGUUGUCGGCCGUUAAGUUAAGGCAGAAGUAGUACUGUAAUGGUAAAGAAAUAAAUAAACUGGGUUGUUCUUUUAACUUGCCCCUUGGUCUCCUCUUUCCGUAGGGGACGUUGCACUAAACCAGCCGGAUAUGUGUGUCUACCGACGAGGGAGGAAGAAGCGCGUGCCUUACACGAAACUGCAGCUCAAGGAACUGGAGAGCGAGUACGCCGUGAACAAAUUCAUAAACAAGGACAAGAGGCGGAGGAUAUCCGCGGCCACCAACCUCUCCGAGAGACAAGUCACUAUUUGGUUUCAGAACCGCAGAGUCAAGGACAAGAAGAUAGUCUCCAAGCUGAAGGACAAUGUCUCCUGAUCCGGGCCCAAAUCGGCUAUCUCUAUCUAUAAAUAUAUAUAUCAAUAUAUAUUAAUUGCAAACCAUCCACUAUCGGCUCAAAAAGACUUUUGGAAAGACUUGAAAUAUAUUUAAUAUUUUCCCCCGGGGGGAGGGAGGAACCUUGUUGAAGUACUUAUAGGAAAAAGGUUCGCAAUUUCUUUUUCGGAUUUACUUGCAAGUGUUAGAUUUCCUCUCCCCCCUUAAAAAAAAAAAGCCAUUCUCCUUCAUUGUAUUUUGGUAGGUUCUGUUCCCUUCCCCCUCCCACGAGGCCUUCCUGAAAAACCGCUAAACUAGCCUUAAGAAUAUGCCAAGGGCUAAAAGGAGAUGGUGUGAUUAUAGAUAGAUAUAUAUGAUCUAUCUAUAUAUAUAUAGUCUAUCCUUAUCAUCGAUCUCCCGAAUUUUCAUAAUGGACCAGAAGACAAUAAUUAUGUGCAAGGGAGUUGUGAUGAUGACGUCAACGCCAAGGUAAAUGAAGUCGAUGGUCGCCCCUGACCUCUGACCUUAAUGUGAAAUUACUUUUUUAAAAAGAGGACUGCAUUUUUCCUCCCGUCUUCUCCGAAACCGAUCCCCAUUGAGCUUAAACCGGAGUCAGGGGGUCUCAGUUUGGAAAACCUGCCGUUCCAGGCUUAAGCAAAGUCCAUUUAGGGGAGUAUACACUGUAGAAACGAGUUCGAAAUUCGUCCCAAGUCCACCUGUUUAGAAUGGGGCGGUUGUUAGGUUUAUAAAUAAUCUAUUUGAAACAAACCAACCCCAAAAUGCAUUGUGAUUAGGUAGCCCACCUCCCACACGUUUUCUGCAGGUAGUCGGGGGAAAUAAUCGGUUGCUUUAUGUACAGUCAAUGGAGUCAGAUUUCCUGCAGUAGUGAAAGGCAAGAUCCGACCAAAGUUAGUUCGACUAAGUGUUGUGUCGGUUUGCUGCCAUGUAUGCUGGAUUAUUGGAACCAAACGUGGUUUUUUUAGUGCUUUAAAUUUUGGCCGGAUCCUGCCUGCAAUUUUUUUGGGGGUGCGUGUGUGUGUGCGCGUGUGUGAAGUAGAAUUGGUGGUGUUGGGUUGCUCGCUGUUGCACGCAGUCUGCAAGCGAGGCUUAACACGUAAGCUCUUUUCUAUUAUUGUCGUACUAAGAGCUAGGGCACCUCACGCGCUGGGCUGAAUUCUCAACUUAGUACAGUGGCCUGGAGUUCCGGGGUUUUUAAACCGACUGUGCCUAAUAUGUUUAGUUUGUAUAAAGGUGUGUAUAAAUCGAUGCGUAUUUUUAUAUAAAUAACGGGACGUUCUGUUAACUCUUCUGUUUUGUUUCCUCCUCCACAAUCACAAAAAAGCAUUCGCUUUUAACCCUUCCUGGGAACGGAAAGGCUUCUGCUCAGAGGAGUGGGAGCUGGGGUUUGGUAGCUUUUGUCAACUACAGUACAUGAAACGGGUGUUAGUGAAAGAAGCAAUAAAUGACAAAAAAAUAGGUUAUGUUUUUAAAAGAGUCCUAGUACGUUAAGUAGUCCCAAGAGUUUGGUGUUUUAUUUCCUCUCCCGGUUGCAACAAGAGAGUGCACAUAAUCGAGCAAAAAUUCCAGGCGCCGCGGAGGAGAUACAAUGGCGAAGUAUCUCUUUUUCCAAGUGGGUUGUUGCGUAGCAGCAGAUUUGCGCAAAACCUCAAAAAGGGGAACUCGUUUGGCGCCCGCCUGGUUAGAGGCGAAAAGUUUGCUGUGGAGUGAAUCUGAAUCCGACUCCCUGUUGUCGGUCUCCUUUCUUUAGGUUCGGGUAGGAAACGAAAGCUCUGAGACCCACACUCCUUCCUGCUGCUCCCAUACUUAAACUGAGACCUUGUGCUUCGCUCUACUUUGCUUUGGGAUAUAUGCAGAUCUUUAACUCACGGGCUGAUAGCGUAGUUGAGGAAAGCGCCAGCGACAG